ACGCACUUGUACGCCAGAUAAUAAGUAAUUGACCAACCUUCACAUUAAAAGAACCUGGUAACAGAAAUUUUUCUGUAAUUCCACUCUUUCGUGCGAGUGACGCCGAACCGUUAACAUGGUGCUGGCAUUAAUAGUGUUCGGUUUAAUUACUGUUUUAGUUGUUGCUGUUUUAUCGUGGCUAAUAGUGCAAUUUAGAUAUAUUAUUUAUCUAAGAAAGAUACCAGGCCCGCAACGAAUACCAGUAUUAGGAAAUGCGCUCGACUUCAGAAAUUCAGUUGCUUUUCUACCGAAGUUGUUGGAAUGUAAGAACAAAUAUGGCGAUGUUUACCAGAUAAGUUUCGGAUUCCAAGAACCCCACAUUAUUGUAUCCGACCAUAAAUUGGUACAGUUCAUUUUAAGUUCGACCAAGAUUUUAGACAAAUCUGUCAACUACAAGUUUCUUCACAAAUGGUUGGGACAAGGACUGCUCGUCAGCACCGGUUGAUUAUUUUUUUUUUUUAUUUAGUUCCUAAAGUAGCACAUUCAAAACAUAAUUAUUGUACUGGGUCCUGGCGAAUUCUUAGACACAUGCUGGAGAGAUAGCAACAAAUGUUUGGACAUUAAUCAUUAAUUAUUAAUAUAAACUGAUUUCUAUUAUUAAAAAAAAGGAUCUCCAUGAAAAAUCCACUCCUUUCGAGCUAGUAGCAACUGAAAUAUGAUGUUCUUUACAACGUUUAAUUAAAUUCAAAUGUUUACUUGAUCUCCCCGUUAACAUCACUUAUAUUCCGUUAUAUUUAACCGUCUUGUUUUAAAACCCUCUCUCCUACUAGAAAAUUUCGGUUACUGGAUUUAGUGUUAUCCCAAAUACAAAUGUCAGGGUUACUUAACAUAUCGACGUAAUUUACUAUUUGCACUUUUAUGUAAAAAUUAAUACGUGUUAUUUUUCAAAAGUUGUCGUUACCCUAGACAAAAAUAUUCAGUCUCUCUCCA